GGAGAGGGUCUCCUGCACUAAAAUUCAAGUAAGAGAACAUGGAGCAGCUUCUUCAGUUGCUUAAUUAUUUAAAGGACACAAAUAUGAGAUUGGAGUCAAGAGACUUUUCCAAGCAUGAUGCCACAGCACAAAAGAUACAGUUGAUAACUUUGAUUUUAUAAAAAUGAGAAGCUUCUGAGUUUGUUAUAGGAAAAAACUAAAACUUAAAAAAAUAAACAGAAAAGACUCAAAGGAACCUACAAUAUAUUUGUUUGAUAAAAGGUUCAUGUUUCUAAUAUAUAAAGAACUCUUGGAAAUCAGAAAGAAGGAUGAAUACCCUAAUAAGAAAACAAUGCAAAGAGAACAGGCCUCUUCCGAAGAGCUGAAGGCUGCCUACCGGAGGCUGUGUAUGCUCUACCACCCCGACAAGCACCGAGACCCGGAGCUCAAGGCGCAAGCGGAGCGACUCUUUACCCUCGUUCACCAGGCCUAUGAAGUGCUUAGUGACGCGCAGACCCGGGCCAUCUAUGACAUAUAUGGGAAGAGAGGACUGGAAAUGGAAGGAUGGGAGGUGGUGGAGAGGAGGAGAACUCCGGCUGAAAUCAGAGAAGAGUUUGAGCGGCUGCAGAGAGAGCGGGAAGAGAGGAGACUGCAGCAGCGAACCAAUCCCAAGGGUACCAUCAGCGUUGGCAUCGAUGCCACUGACCUCUUUGACCGCUAUGAGGAAGAGUAUGAAGAUGUGUCUGGAAGUGGCUUCCCGCAGAUAGAAAUUAACAAGAUGCACAUAUCCCAGUCCAUCGAGGCACCAUUGACAGCUACAGACACAGCCAUCCUCUCUGGAAGCCUCUCGACCCAGAAUGGGAAUGGUGGGGGUUCCAUUAACUUCGCGCUCAGACGAGUCACCUCUGCGAAGGGAUGGGGAGAGUUAGAAUUCGGAGCUGGGGAUCUGCAGGGCCCUCUCUUUGGUCUAAAGCUGUUCCGUAAUCUCACGCCAAGAUGCUUUGUGACGACCAACUGUGCUCUGCAGUUUUCAUCCCGCGGAAUCCGGCCUGGCCUCACUACUGUCCUGGCUCGGAACCUGGACAAGAAUACUGUGGGUUACCUGCAGUGGCGUUGGGGUAUCCAGUCGGCCAUGAACACGAGCAUCGUCCGGGACACCAAAACCAGCCACUUCACUGUGGCCCUGCAGCUUGGAAUCCCUCACUCCUUUGCACUGAUCAGCUAUCAGCACAAAUUCCAGGAUGAUGACCAGACUCGCGUGAAAGGGUCCCUUAAGGCAGGCUUCUUUGGGACGGUGGUGGAGUAUGGAGCUGAGAGGAAAAUCUCCAGGCACAGCGUUCUUGGUGCAGCUGUCAGCAUAGGAGUCCCACAGGGCGUUUCUCUCAAAGUCAAGUUAAACAGGGCCAGUCAGACCUACUUCUUCCCUGUUCAUCUGACGGAUCAGCUCCUUCCCAGCGCUGUGUUCUACGCCACUGUGGGGCCCCUCGUGGUCUACUUUGCUAUGCACCGUCUCAUCAUCAAACCAUACCUCAGGGCUCAGAAAGAAAAGGAGUUGGAAAAGCAAAGGGAAAGCACAGCCACCGACAUCCUGCAGAAGAAACAAGAGGCAGAAGCUGCAGUUCGGUUGAUGCAGGAAUCUGUCCGAAGAAUAAUCGAGGCAGAAGAAUCCAGAAUGGGCCUCAUCAUCGUCAACGCCUGGUAUGGGAAAUUUGUCAAUGACAAGAGCAGGAAGAGCGAGAAGGUGAAAGUGAUUGAUGUGACUGUGCCCCUGCAGUGCCUGGUGAAAGACUCGAAGCUCAUCCUCACAGAGGCCUCCAAGGCUGGGCUGCCCGGGUUCUAUGACCCAUGUGUGGGUGAGGAGAAGAACCUGAAAGUGCUUUACCAGUUCCGAGGCGUCUUGCACCAGGUGAUGGCGCUGGACAGUGAGGCGCUCAGGAUACCAAAGCAGUCUCACAGAAUUGAUACAGAUGGAUAAACUGCUUGAAAAACCAGAUUAAGAGGCUGCAAAAAAUCUUUUCCUGGGAUUCUACAAAUUUGGAAGCAGGGGAAAAACCCAGACAUCAGAUGUGUUUGUUUUAUAUUAUUCCUAUAGGAGGUGGUACCGUAUCAAUUAUGUGAAGGGACACAGACACCCUGCUUUCAUGGGUGCUGUAGGGAGGACUGAGGCAGCCCUACCAGGACCAGAACCACAGCACAGCUGUGUCUGUUUUCCCAAGGAUCAUGUUCCCAAGGGAAGGGCCCUGGGCCCCCAGAUGCCUCUGGGUCUCUCCCCGGGGUCCUCAGCAUGUGCUGACCGCAGCCACCCAGUAGUUCUUGGUCUGUCUUGAGGUCAUUGUGGAACAUCCUGCCCUCACAGGACCAUGAACUGCUUUUCCUGAAACCCACACUCAACAUGGAAAGAAAGGAAAGAACAGAGGUCUGCAGUCACUUGAGCAUCUGUGUGGUCAACUUCCCAAAAACCACCUUUUCCUGCUGAAAUAUGGAGAGGAGUGUGGGUUUAUAAAUCUGCUUUUUAUCUGAGAACAAAUGGCUUGGGAAAUUAGUCUCUUUUUCCUCCCAGAACUUCUCGAAUCAUUCCACUGGCACCUGGCCUGGGACAGAGUAGUAUACCUCUAUUCCCAGGGCCCAUCCCUGUCACAGGUCACUUCCUUCCAGGACCUCCCCCAUUCUUGUGGGAAAAGACGGGUGUCCCUCUCACCUCAUCCCAAACGGCUCAGCCUGACCUGCCUGCUUGGCACACCACAGUGCAGUGUUGGAAUGAAGGUGGUCAGGAGGAAAGGGGAAACGGAUGAGGGGGCAUAGAGCGCCCCUUUCAACUGCCAAAUCUGUCCUAGCAGCUCACGGCCAGCAGGUGGCGCUGCUACUCCCCAUACCUGGUCUGGCCCAGCUCCCUCCUCACAGGGACUCCUUUCUGGGUGUCUGCUCUCAAGACCUUCCUCCGCUGGCCUAUGGUGGAUGCAGAAUACUUUAGGAGCCAGGAUACUUCUGAACAACGGGAUCAGUUACCUGUCAUGAGCACAGGCCUGAUGGGCAGUGGUUCUGACAGCUCCCAUCAGGCUUCACCCCGACACUGGUACCAGUGGAAUCGCUAAUGACCCCUUCCUCCAGUUUUAAAAAACAAUUCAGGUUGUCCAAUCCUUAAUAUUUAUCUCCAUUUUAAAAAGUCCUCUGAGCUGCUGCUCUGAAUGUGAAUGUGCAAUCAGCGUUGCGUUUAGUCUGACUUCAGACACAGCCCUCUUCCUUCCACAGCAGGUGGUCUUUUGGGCACCAAUUCUCUUCAUUCUGCCUGAAAUGGCCUGUACAGGAGGCACUCUCUUACCACAAUAAACCUUUCCUGAAAGCUUGGGGUAGUGUUUCAGUGCAUCUGUACAUUUUUGGGAGUGAGCAAAAUAAGGGAAGUGCCCCUCCUCAAAGGCCUGUCCCAGCCCUUACCCUUCAGUUUAAACCACAUUAAACCAUGAAGCUUAACCAGAAAA